AUGUCUGCUCGUCGUCCCCAUGGACAAAGCUAUGCCGAUGCUGCAGCCCAGCCGGCCCAGGGCAGUGACUCCGACACCACACCAGCUGUUCCCGCUGAUGUGAUUUACAAACUACUUGCUUUCACCGCUGCGAUGGCUGUUGGUCCUAUUGGUAUCUACUUCCUGACUGUGAAUACGAUCUUCAGAGGCAACUCGACAUUUGCCGGAAUUGCGGCUGCUGUGGCUGCGAAUGUAGUUCUUUUCGCAUACAUCUACGUGGCCUGGUUGGAAGAUCAGGGCGAUAGAAAGGCGGCCGAGAAAGCCAAGUCCAAGAAAGCGCAGUGA